GACCUGCUGGUGUUUCUCCCAGUGGGUAGUCCUCUGAGUCUGUCCUCCAGUGUUCCCUCCAGCCUGGCAGCCACCCCUCCCAGCCCAGCCCCUCCAGGACCCCUCCACCAGGGCCACCACCUCCACCACGGAGCCCCAGCACCAGGCCUUUCCUCAGGCAUGAAUGCCAACGCACUGCCCUUCUACCCCACCAGCGACACCGUCGAGUCUGUAGUUGAGUCAGCUCUGGAUGACCUGGACCUGAAUGUCUUUGGGAUGUCUGCCCUGGAGAGAAGCCUGGACGGCAGCUCAGCUCUGCCCCGAGCCAUGCUAGGAGGGAACCAGCUCCAGAGUUCGGCUCCUGUCAACAUCCCAGGAUCCCUCUGCAGCUCCGCCCCUUUCAGCUCACCUUCGCCCUCGCCACCAAUCAGAGCCCACCAGUCACCAUUCUUCUCCGCUCAUCUGUCGCAGCCKGGCCAAUCAGAAAGCAGCUUCUUGGGGCCAUCUCAUAGCUCUCUAGGUCUGAAUGGUAUGAGCAGUAGUAUCUGGGAGCACCCGUCAGGCCAGGGUUCUCCCGGUACACCGCCGGCCCUGCUACCCUCCAUGGGCCAGAGCAUGGAGACAGCCCGGGUCCGACAGGAACUAGACGAUGCUAACAGACUACUGAAACACUGGGACCACACCUGGAGACAUACAACACAGGCGUGGGCGUCGUUGAAGUCGGAUGCGGAGGAGUCUCGUUGCUCGGCCGGUCGGUUAGCUUUACAAGCGGAGCAUGCCAGGCAGGAUGAGGAGGAGGCGCAGAGACAGACCUCCUUCCUCCAGGAGGCGCUGGACGGCAUGAGGACAGGUGACAACCCCCACCUGGCCCUGCACCAGCUACAGCUGGUCCACAGACUGCCUGUAGAGUGUGUGGUCAGUCUGCAGGCCCAGCUCUGUACAUGUCUACACACCGUGGAGCAGGUGGUGUAUAGAAAGCAGAGGCAGUGUUGUGUGAUGUGUGGAGGGCAGGGCUCAGUCUCUCAGCCCUGUAGACACGGUCUGCAGUGUGACAGCUGCUCUGCAGAGUGCCCCCUUUGCCCAGAACAGACCCUGGAUCAGUUUUCCUGACCUAACUCCUCAACUAGCUACAGCUCAGCGGAUCCCCCAACACUGAUCUCAGACCAGCCCUAGUCACUUACUCAAAACAGCCCAGUUGACCCUAAAACUAAGUGACUGACUUUAGACCAGAUCCAAACCAGUUGUUCUAACGCUAUGGAGUAUAGGUAGAUACUCUGUUGUUUCUUACCUCUGAUCCUAGAUCAGAUAUCCUCACCCAGAGACCAGCCUGCUGUCCCUAUAGGCAAAUGAURCAAGAUCAGAAAUGUUUUACUCGAACACUGCCUGUGCAUAAGAAAUGAUUCGGGAUCAGCUCUCCUCACUACAGACCUGACUUUCACCAUUACGAACUAAACCACACAACUGACUCAGAGUCAGUUUAGGGCACGCUUGACCUCUGUUCCAUGAUGUUACGGCCUAAUGCCUCGAUCACACCGACAGCGUCAUUACGCUUUGGCACUCCAGAAGUACAUUUAUUGUAACGCUGCGUUUGCCUUGCAGAAUUGCGUUGCAGUGCGUUCGGUGUGGAGCGUACACUUYAUUUAUCCAUUGUAUGAGUCAAACUGUAUGCAUAGAUAGAUGGCUUGACAGAAAUGGUAGCAGAAGGUGAAUGUUGAACUUUUGUUGRYCWCAUAUCCAGAUGAUGCUGCGUACUAUUUCCCACAAGUACGCUGUCAGUGUGAUCGAGGUGUUAGGGACCACCGUUGAAGACUGCUGGGAGUACAACUCCUUCGUUUUUACAGUUAAAAUAAAAACAUUUUCUAUUUUUCAUAGAAUUUUCAUGCUUUUUCUAGAGAAGUGAAGGCAGUGGUUAUCGUUUUGCUAACGAGACUUCUAGUCAGAGGAGGAAUAGGCAAGCAUCUCAAUAGUUUAAACAGGCUUAUUCUCCCUUCGCACUGAUCUGAAACUACAGGAAGGGAAUACGGUGGAAGUCUAUACAGAAAUGACAGCCCUGUUUAGACUAUUUGGAUGCAGCAGUCUGUGUGUGUUACGAAUAGUUUCUGUAUGUGACUGACUCUCAGGUUUGCUGUCUGUAAUAUUAUUCUUUAACUGGAAAGAUGGGGGCAUGUUAACAACACAAUCUUGAAAAAUAUACGA